AUGUGGUUCCUGGUUCUGUGCCUUGCCCUGUCCCUGGCGGGGGCUGGUGCUGCACCCCCCAUCCAGUCCCGGAUCAUAGGAGGCUGGGACUGUAAGAUGAAUUCCCAACCCUGGCAGGCAGCUCUGUACCAUUACAGCAAGUUCCAGUGCGGGGGCGUCCUGGUGCACCCCCAGUGGGUGCUCACAGCUGCCCACUGCAUAAACGACAAUUACCAGAUGUGGCUGGGUCGCCACAACCUGUUUGAGCACGAAGACACAGCCCAGUUUGUCCAGGUCAGCGACAGCUUUCCACACCCUGGCUUCAACCUGAGCCUCCUGGAGAAACACACCCGCCUCCCGGGAGAGGACUACAGCCAUGACAUCAUGCUGCUCCGCCUGGCCAAGCCCGCCCAGAUAACAGACGCUGUGAGGGUCCUGGACCUGCCCACCCAGGAACCCCAAGUGGGAAGCACCUGCUAUGCCUCAGGCUGGGGCAGCAUCGAACCAGAUAAGUUCGUAUACCCAGACGAUCUCCAGUGUGUGAACCUCAACCUUCUGUCCAAUGAAGUCUGUGCCAAAGCCCACUCCCAGAAGGUGACGGAGUUCAUGCUGUGUGCUGGACACUUGGAGGGCGGCAAGGACACCUGUGUGGGUGACUCUGGGGGCCCACUGAUCUGCGAUAGUAUGUUUCAAGGAAUCACGUCCUGGGGCCACAUCCCAUGUGGCAGCCCCAAAAUGCCUGCUGUCUACACCAAAGUGUUUUCGCACCUGGAGUGGAUCAAAGAGACCAUGACAGCCAACCCCUGA